GGUUCUGUUGUGUGGCUGCGUGCUGUUGUGUCACCGAUGCUGCCCCGUCCUCCCCGGACGGGCUGUGCUGCCGUUGUGUUGCUGUAGUGUGGCUGUGUGUGUCGUUGUGUGUGUGGCGCGGGUGCUGCCCCCUCCUCCCCGGGCGGGCUCUGCUGCUGUUGUUGUGUUGGGGCAGGAAUAUGGCGGCGGGUCCGGUGCGCGCCGUCACUGUGUGUGUCAGUGUGUAGCGGCGGUGCGUGGCUGUGUUCGCGGUGUCUUGUGUGCGGCUGUGUGUCCCCGGGCCGGGCUCUCGUCGUGUUGGAGCAGGGAACAUGGCGGCGGUGCCCGUGUACUGUGUCUGCCGCCUGCCCUACGAUGUCACCCGCUUCAUGAUCGAGUGCGACGCCUGCAAGGACUGGUUCCACGGCAGCUGCGUUGGCGUGGAGGAAGAUGAGGCGCCCGACAUUGACAUUUAUCACUGUCCAAACUGUGAAAAAACCCACGGGAAGUCUACCUUGAAAAAGAAAAAAAACUGGCACAAACACGACACAGGGCAGGCCACGGACGUGAAACCCGUUCAAAACGGCAGUCAGGUCUUCAUAAAGGAGCUCCGGAGUCGGACCUUCCCCAGUGCCGAGGACGUCGUUACGAAGUUAAAUGGAGCCCAGCUCACGGUGGAAUAUUUUGAAGACACUGGGUUUACAGAACCAAUUCUGGUGCCAAAGAAGGACGGUUUGGGCCUCGCUGUACCUGCGCCUACAUUUUAUGUCAGCGAUGUAGAAAAUUAUGUUGGUCCGGAGAGAGUCGUUGACGUUACAGACGUCACCAAACAGAAAGACUGCAAGAUGAAGCUGAAGGAAUUUGUUGACUAUUAUUACAGUACGAACAGGAAAAGAGUCCUGAACGUCACUAACCUGGAGUUCUCAGACAGCAGAAUGUCCAGCUUUGUUGAAGCUCCAGAGAUAGUAAAGAAACUUUCAUGGGUGGAAAACCAUUGGCCCGACGACGCACUUCUGGCAAAACCUAAAGUCACCAAGUAUUGUUUGAUCUGUGUGAAGGAUAGUUACACCGACUUCCACAUAGACUCGGGGGGAGCGUCCGCCUGGUACCACGUACUGAAGGGGGAGAAGAUAUUCUAUCUCAUCAGACCGGCUUCGGCAAACAUUUCCCUGUACGAGCGGUGGCAGUCCGCUUCCAACCACUGCGAGAUGUUCUUUGCCGAUCAGGUGGAUAAAUGCUACAAGUGCACCGUUAAACAAGGACAAACACUGUUUAUUCCGUCAGGCUGGAUCUACGCCACGCUGACCCCCGUAGACUGCUUAGCGUUUUCGGGUCACUUCCUCCACAGUCUGAGCGUGGAGAUGCAGAUGAGAGCAUAUGAGGUUGAAAGAAGAUUGAAAAUAGUGAGCCUGACUCAGUUCCCAAACUACGAGACAGCUUGUUGGUACGUGGGAAGGCAUCUGCUAGAGAAGUUCAAAGCUUUGCAUAAAUCAGGGAAGCAGCCGGCGCCGCACCUCGUUCAAGCAGCCAAAAUUCUGAAUGGAGCAUUUAGGUCGUGGACUAAAAAAAAUGCCCUGCUGGAACAUGAGGAUGAACUUCCAGAACAUUUUAAACCAUCGCAGCUCAUCAAAGACCUCGCCAAAGAAAUCCGACUCACAGAAAACGCAUCAAAAGUAACCAAGCCAGAUGCGAGUGCCAACAUGAACACGGAAGAAGACAGGGUGGUGGAGAAGACAGAAAAGGAAGAACCUCCUUCUCCAGCUCCAGAAACCCCACCACCCGUGGAAAAGCCUCCAAAGAAAAAGGCCCCGAAGAAUGAAAAGUUAUUGAAACCUCCCAAGCCUCCAAAACUGGCCAAAUUACCGAAAACGGAAAAGCCACCCAAAGCACCCAAGGUGCCAAAACCCCCCAAACCGCCUAAGGCUCCCAAACCUCCCAAGGAUAAGGAAGGGGGGAAGAAGAAGUCCAAGAAGGCAAAAGAAACCCCAAUUUCCCUUCCUACCACCCCUGACCUCGACCUUCUAGAGGCUCAUACCAAGGAUGCCCUUGUUAAAGUGGACACUCCAAAGAAAGGGACGACUCCUAAAGAAGAGGUAAAUGCCCCAAACAAGGAGGACACCCCAAAACAAAACGACCUGGAUAAACUCGAAAUCCAGAAUAAAUGCAAAACAGAGGCCAAAUGGAAAUAUAAGAACAGCAAACCCGAUUCCUUGCUAAAAAUGGAAGAAGAACACAGAUUGCCAAAAACACCGUUUUCCGCAAAUAAGGACAAUAAGUUCAAGUUUUCCUUCAACAAGAAGCUGUUUGGGGCCAAGGCGAUCAAGACCCAGAACAGUCCCAGCAUUUUUGGAUCUCUGCAGAACUUUAAAGAAGAUAAACCCAAACCGAUCCGAGAUGAAUAUGAAUACGUAUCGGACGAAGGGGAGCUGAAAAUCGACGAAUUUCCAAUCCGAAGAAAGAAAAGCUCGGUGAAGAGGGAGCUGCCAUUUUUGACAGAAAGUAAAGAUAUUCCGCAGCCGCUUCCAGCAAAGAAAGCCAAAGUUCAGGAAAAAAAGUAUAAGAGCGAUGACUCUUCCGAUGAAGGCUCUCUCCACAUUGACACGGAAGCGAAGCCCACCCGCAAUUCCAAAGUCAAAAAGGAGACCGGAAGCUCAGCGGGAAUUCUAGAUCUCUUACAAGCAAGCAAGGAGGUCGGCGGUUUGGAUUAUAACGCUAACAGUCAGCCGCCUGCGUCUCCAAGCACACAGGAAGCCAUCCAGGGGAUGUUAUCAAUGGCAAACCUGCCCUCCGACUCCUGCCUGCAGACAUCUUGGAGUCCCAACCAAUCCAAGAACAACUCCAUAUCAGCACAAAACUCCAAGAAAUCCGGCAACAAGAGCGCAGCCAAGCGAGCGCCUAAAAAACCGGCCAAGAAUAAUAUCACAAUGGAGGACUACGAUGAGGAUCAGGAUAACCUCGGGGCGUGUUUCAAAGACUCGGAUUUCGUUUACCCAUCUCUCGAAUCAGACGAAGAUAAUCCUGUUUUCAAAUCGCGGUCACGGAAGCGAAAAUGUUCCGACGAUGCCCCUUAUAGCCCCACAGCAAGAGUUUUCCCCUCCAAACCGCGGCAAGACAGACCAGUCCGUGAAGGGACGAGAGUGGCUUCUAUUGAAACUGGGCUGGCGGCAGCUGCUGCAAAACUGUCACAGCAGGAGGAACAAAAAAGCAAGAAGAAAAAGAGUAAUAAAAAGAAGCUGUCACCCAGUCACACAAAUACAAUAUCUCAGGAAAGCAGCUCUCCUGAUCCUACAAAGCUGGACCCCCUGAGCAGUAGCCUAACAGACCAUGAGUACACGGCCGGGGCGAGCACGUUCGGUGUAGCACAAGUUAACAGAGGCUCGCAGCCCAUGGCUCCUGGUGUGUUCCUCUCACAAAGGAGACCAUCAGUGUCUUCCCAGAAUAACUCCUCUGCCAAAGGUAAACGUACAAAAAAAGGCAUGGCCACCGCAAAACAGAGGCUUGGGAAGAUUCUGAAAAUCCAUCGGAACGGGAAACUCCUGCUUUAGUGUUUGCACAGCGGACCUUUUUGUGACUCUGUAAACGGCGCUGACUCUUGGACUCUCUGACUCUCGAAGGACUGCAGCGGCGCUCUGCGGACGAGUCAGGAGGAAAACAUACCUUACAGUACCUUUUUUCACAUCACUUUAAUAAUUCUUUUUAACUGGCAGCAAGUCGGCCUGUACAGCACACUGCGCUCAAAUAUUUUUAAUAUAAAUGUCCUUUCUCAGAUUGCUGAGAGU